AUGGAGUACUCUUCACUCCGACCAGUAACAGAGCGAUCUGCUCGACCAUCCUCGUCUCGCUCGCCCGAAUCGCACUACUGGCGCAAGUUCCGCGCACCUGUCUUCGUCAAAGAGCUCGCGCCCAUCACUUCGAUCCACUUUGUACCGCCCGUCUCGGUGUACUCGACGACAGCGAACGAAGAUGACCCUUCUUCGACCUCUACCACGAUCGGCUCUACUUCCACGCAGCCCACUUCGGUUUCCGCUCGACAAAAGUUCGCCGUGACGACGGGUGCUCGUGUUCAGAUCUACUCGAUGCGCAACACUCGAGUUUCAAAGACGAUUUCUAGGUUCAAGGAUGUUGCGAGGUCGGCGAAUUUUCGAUCGGAUGGAAGGUUGAUGGUCGCGGGGGACGAUAGUGGAUUGAUCCAGGUGUUCGAUACGACGUCGAGGGCGAUUCUGAGGACGUUGAGGGGUCAUACGAAUCCAGUCCAUGUCACGAGAUUCUCGCCGAAUGGGACGGAGAUCAUGUCGGCUGCCGAUGAUAGGACCGUUCGGUUGUGGGAUGUUCCGGAGCAGAAGGCGGUGCACGUGUUCGAAGGGCAUCAGGAUUACGUUCGUUCGGCAGUGUUCAGUCCGGACAAUCCGGCGCUGAUGCUCUCGGGAAGCUACGAUAGCACAGUCAAGUUGUGGGAUUCGAGGGUGGGAGAGCAGGGUGGUUGCGCAAUGACGAUGGACCAUGGUGCGCCGGUGGAAGAUGUCUUGGUAUAUCCUACGGGAGGUGGUGGUGUGGCUUUGUCAGCAGGUGGACCAGUGAUGAAAGUAUGGGAUCUCAUGAUGGGCGGUAGAUGCAUGGCGAGCAUCUCCAACCACCAAAAGACGAUCACGUCGCUGGCGCUAUCGGUGAACUCCGGUGCUGAUUUCUCCGCCGAUAACUCGGAGUCCAUCGGUGGCAUGCGUAUCCUCACCGGUGGUCUCGAUCACCUGGUCAAGGUCUACGAUCCAGCUCACGACUUCAAAGUGACGCACACGAUGCGAUACCCCUCUCCCAUCCUGUCCAUGGCCGUCUCACCGGACGAAUCGCACAUCGCAGUCGGUAUGGCCGACGGAACCCUCUGCGUCCGCAAACGAGAUGUCAAGGCCAACGAACUCGAACGUCGAGAAGCCGAACGCGCAGCCAUGAACGCCGGUGCCUACGAGUUCUUCAUGCAGGGCAAAGCAGCCGCCUCGAAUCAACCUGGAAAGAUCAACACACGACGGGCGACGGAUGACAUUCGAGUCGACAGCGUCCGUAAGCGCAAACUGCAGGACUACGAUCGAUUCCUCAAAGCGUUCCGGUACAGUGAUGCGCUCGAUGCUGCGCUUCGAAAAGGUGUUCCACCCACCGUGACGUUCGGUUUGAUCCUCGAGCUGAUCCACAGAAGUCCGCGCGGCAGCCUAGAUGGGCUGAGGAGGGCCAUCUCGAAUCGAGACGAUGUCACGCUCGAACCGGUGCUGAGGUUCCUGCUCAGACACGCUGCCAACCCGAACUACGUCGAUCUGGUCUGCGAUACGUUGAACGUCAUUGUGGAUACGUACGCCAGCGUGAUUGGGCAGAGUCCGUUGAUCGACGAUCUGUUCGGGAGGAUCUGGGCCAAGGUAGGGGACGAAUUGAGGUUGCAGAGGGAUCUGAUGCAGGUGCGAGGUAGCUUGGAGAUGAUCUUGGCAGGUACGGCGCUGGGUGCUGCUUCGGUGGGUGCGUAA